ACUUGACCAAAUUCAAGACUCCAAUCGAUUCUUAAUCCACACAUAUAAACUUUGUUUUACAACUUUAUGCAGAUCGAUUUCCAUUUGCAGCGAUCUUGUGAAAGGAAGCUUAAUCAGUUAGUUCACUGUAUAUCUCCAGUUAGUUUCUGGACAAAGGUGAGACAUUUUCUGAUUACUUCCAUUAAAUCGUUUCCUAUACAAAAAGAACCGCGAAGUUCCGUUCGGAAAGAAAGAUGGCGUUGGAUAGAAUAAGCAACUUACCAAGCGAUGUUGUAGAAAAUAUUUUGUCCCGUUUGUCGAUUAAGGAGGCAGUAAGUACAAGUGUUUUAUCAAGUAACUGGAGGUACAAGACGGCUAUGCUUCCACAUCUUGUGUUUGAUAAUCGGUGUUUUUCAAAUAAAAACCUUACAACUUUUGAGAAUAUUGUCAAUCAAGUACUCCUACUUCACAUUGGACCUAUAAACACAUUCAAGCUUUCCCAUCUAGAUCGUCUUCCCACUAGUGAUAUUGAUCGAUGGAUUCUUCAUCUCUCGAGAAAUGCUAUCAAAGAGUUGAUACUCCACAUUUGGAAAGGGGAUCCCUACAAGGUGCCUUCAUGUUUGUUUUCUUGUCAAGAUUUAGUUCAUUUGGAGUUAUACAACUGUUUGCUAAAACCUCCUUCCACAUUCAAAGGCUUCAAGAGUUUGAAGAGCCUUGAUAUUCGUUUAAUUACUCUGGCCCCAGAUGUGUUUGAUAAAAUGAUUGUUUGCAGUCCUCUGCUUGAGAAGUUGACUGUAGCGUACAUUGAUGGUUUAACACGUCUCAAGAUUGGUGCACCAAAUCUCCAAUAUCUUAAGGUUAAUGGUGAUUUCGAGAAUGUUUCCCUUGAGAAUACUUUAAAUCUUGUUGAAGUUUCCAUUGCCUUGGAUGGUAGCUAUGACCAGAGGCUGGUUCCUGGCAAUUGUAGCAAUUUGUAUUUAGCAUUUGGUGAUUUGCCGGAGAAGCUUCCUGAACCAUUAUUAUCUCUGAAUUAUCUCUCUGUCGUUAUACGCUUUAAGCAUCUGAAGGAGCUGUUAACUGCUCUUUUCCUUAUAAGAAAUUCUCCUUCUCUAAAAGUACUAAGCAUUUCGGCAGAGGAGGAUCAGGCUGUACUUGUGGAAGAAGCAAAGUAUUUGUUAGAUGACAACGAGAAUUGCCUGUUGACCCAACUACAAAUUGUGACAAUAAUCGGAGUUUCCGGUGUUGAAACAGAACUAGAUUUUAUCAGAUUUCUGCUUUCAAAUGCACCUGUGCUUAAGAGGAUGACUGUUAAACCUGCUUCUGUGAAUGGUGAACUAGUGAAAAAGUUGCUCCAGUUUAGGCGUGCCUCAGCUUUUGCAGAGAUAAUCUACAUGGACCCAUAAUUCAUCCACGAUAUACUAUUGAAGCUAAUUACUUCAUUCGCUUGCACAAAUAAAUGUAAUGUCUGCUGUUUGCUUCCUAUUUUUCCUUUCUGGUAAACAAUGUAAUGUCUUCUCUCCUCUUUGGCACAAAACGUAUACAAAAAUUGAUCCAGUGCUUGUUAUUUACAAUGGUUUAUUGUCGUGCUUGCAAGACGAAGAUCACAUGUACAUUGAUGGUUUGUAGCCUCUGACCUCUAAAACACAAUAUUUUAUGACA